GUGGGUGGGGGGUAACGACAACGAUGGAUACUCUAUAUCUCUUCGAAUUAAGAUAACACAUAGACUUUUCCGUUUUUUUCUUUUGGUUAUCUGAUUAUCCAUCGGAUCUGAAUCCGGAUCCGACAACCCGACGGUAAAACGAUGUCCAGCGCUCCGUCGGAUGAUGCGCACUGGUGCUACCACUGCAACAAGCGCGUCGUCGUCGAAACUGUAGACGAUUUCGUCGUCUGCUCCGAAUGCAACAAAGGCUUCGUCGAAUCGAUCCACCCGAUCCCACGCUCGCCGCCGCUUUCCCCAGAUCUGAGGGUAGAGGACUCGAGCAUCGGCUCGCAUUUCCUCCAGAUGCUCCGUCUCUUAACCCACGCGCCGUCGCCGCCUCGGCUCGAUGUGUUGUCGUACGAAGACGAGUUCUUCGGGUUGGAGAUUAAUAGCAGAAACGAAAUCGAAGACGAAGAGGAUGAAGACGACGAGGAGGAGGAGGAAGAAGAAGAAGAGGAUCGAGGAGGGGAGAUGUUCCCGAUCACGACGCGAUCGAUAACCGGAAGAAACCGGAUUCUCGAUUGGGCCGAGAUUCUAAUGGGAAUCGAGGACAAUCCGGAUCGGUACGCUGUAAACGCGGCUGAUUACGUCGACGACGGAGCUGGUUACGAGGCGCUGCUCCAGAAUUUAGCGGAAGGAGACGGUGGUGGGAGGAGAGGAGCACCGCCGGCGGCGAAAUCGGCGAUUGAGGCGUUAGAGACUUUCGAGGUUGGUGAUUCUUGUGACAAGAUGAUGAUGGUUGUGGUUUGUGCUGUGUGUAAAGAUGCGAUAGUGAUUGGUGAAACUGUUAAGAAGUUACCGUGUGGGCAUUGUUACCACGGUAAUUGUAUUUUGCCGUGGCUAGGAACGAGGAACUCUUGUCCUGUUUGUAGGUUCCAGCUGAAGACUGAUGAUGCUGAGUAUGAGGAAGAGGAAGAGAGGAAGAAAAGAACCACCACCACUACCUUGACCGACUCUGGUGCUUCUUCUUCUUCUUCCCGUUUCUAAUGUGGGAAAGGUCUCUAUAUAUGUACGUGUUGCUUUACUCUUUAGAUUAUAAAACUCUUCUUAGUCUCCGCAUUGUUUUGAUUGCAAAUAUCAACACAAAAUCCUGAUGGGAAGACAGUUUAGAGAUUGUGUAUUUGUGUUGUAUCUCUCGAUUCUUGAUAGUAGGUCGGGUGUGUGUGGUGAGGCCAAUGGAUAAAACUUGGUCAAUUCCCGAAAUAACUGAUACCAGAAGUUGUAAUUCAACAAGUAGCCAGAUAUUGCAGAUCAAGGUUGUUUCAAUCUAAAAACA